GUUUGCUAGUACUGCCACUAGCAAAUAGGAAAAGUCUUCUUUAUUUUGUGAAUGCCUUUUUCAAGAAUAGGGGAUGCAUACAGAAAGGUUGUUACAAAAUUUCUUUGUCUUAAAGUGAUCUUCUUUUCUUGAUCCCACAGAUAACACUCUGAAGAGGAGAUGACAGCCAGGAAUUCUUCCGUAACAGAGUUCACCCUUGCAGGUUUAACAGAUGAGCCAGGACUUCGAAUUCCCCUCUUCUUCCUGUUUAUAGAUUUCUACUUGAUUACUGUACUUGGGAAUCUGGGCCUGAUCAUCCUGAUAGCACUGAACUCUCACCUACACACCCCCAUGUACUUUUUCCUUUUCAACCUCUCCCUCAUAGAUUUAUCUUAUUCCACUACCAUCGUCCCUAAAAUGCUGAUGAAUUUUAUUUCAAAGAAGAACACAAUCUUGUAUACAGGGUGCAUGACUCAACUCUUUUUCUUCUGCUUCUUUGUCAUUUCUGAGUCCUUCGUCCUUUCAGCAAUGGCCUAUGAUCGCUAUGUGGCCAUCUGCAAACCUUUGGUUUACAUGGUCACCAUGUCUCCCCAGGUGUGUUUACAUCUCUUGGUAGGUGUCUAUGUGAUGGGCUUCACUGGGGCCAUGGCUCACACAGGGAGCAUAAUGAGUCUGACCUUCUGCUCUCACAGCCUCAUCAAUCAUUUUAUGUGUGACAUCCUUCCCCUCCUUGAGCUCUCCUGUAACAGUACUUAUGCAAAUGAGUUGGUGGUCUUCUGUGUUGUGGCCAUUGACAUUGGAAUACCUAUUGUCACCAUCUUCAUUUCUUAUGCCCUCAUCCUGUCUAGCAUUCUUCACAUUCGUUCCACGGAGGGAACAUCCAAGGCCUUCAGCACCUGCAGCACUCAUAUGAGUGUGGUUCUUCUUUUCUUUGGCUCUGGGGCUUUCAUGUAUCUCAAAUCACCAACCCUUUUGUCCCUUGAUCAAGGGAAAGUAUCUUCCCUGUUUUAUACCAUUGUGGUACCUAUGUUAAAUCCAUUAAUCUAUAGUUUGAGGAAUAAGGAUGUCAAAGUUUCCUUUAAGAAAAUCUUUCAGAGAAAAAUGUUUUGUUAA